AAUCCCGUUACAAAAAUCCUACGAAACGUACCAGUUCGGUAAGAACUUGGCGUUUAAUGUAAACGCGAAAUGCCUUAAUCGAAAUACCCGCAAAGGUGGUGUUGUUUUUAAAACUAUUGCGAGUGCAUUGGGCUGAGUUCUGGCGAUUGCUGUGUUCCUCAAGACCUCCGCGACGCGCUCGACGCCCGGCUGCCGGCGGACGGGGGACCGAGGGCGCUGUUGCCGUGCGGUACUCCGGGGGACAUGUCCGGCUAAAGGUGCCAGCCCUCCUCGCUAGCUGCGGGGCAGCGCUCUUGCCUUUCCCAUCAUGUGACCUGACCCACCUGCGUAGCGCAUCGCUUCAUUUUCCAAAGAAUGAGCACAUGUCGAUGGUGUACGCCUAGUGGUUCUGAUACCACAGAGUUCCUGAAGAACUAUGCUUCCAAAGGGUUGUCCCAGGAAGAUCUUGAAGGAUCCAAUGAUGAUCUCUGUUACUGCCUGGAGUGUGUGGUUGAAUACCAUAGAGCGAGGGAGAAAUUGCCAAGCUUGCAUGAGGUCCUGUGGGAGUUGGAAACCUCCCGUCUCAUUGCCCACAUUGAGAAAUCCAUGAAAGAAGUUGGAGAAGAUGAUGAAUUGUUUAUAGUGGAUGAGAAUGGGGAGACACAACUAUCUGGUUACGUAGGCCCGGAUUUUGAGAAUAACUUGCGAGUGCCCCUUCUGGAAAUACUGAAAUAUCCAUAUCUGCUGCUGCAUGAGAAAGUCAGUGAGCUUUGUGUAGAAGUGCUCUGUAGAAUGGAAGAAGGUCACAACUCCUUUCAGGUCUUUGAGAAAUAUCCAGGAAUUUAUCUCUUUUUGGUACACCCUCAUGAAGUGAUUCGUCGAUGGGCCAUCCUAACAGCAAGGAACUUAGGAAAGGUUGACAGGGAUGAUUACUAUGACUUACAGGAAGUGCUGACUUGCUUGUUUAAAGUUAUUGAGUUGGGGCUUUUUGACAGUCCAGAUAUUUAUAGCUCUUCAAUGAUUGAAAAGGGUAAACUCGUCCUUCUGCCAUCUCACUUAUACGAUACUACCAACUACAAGAACUAUUGGCUAGGUAUUUGUAUGUUGCUAACAGUGCUGGAAGAACAAGCUAUGGAUUCCUUGUUGCUGGGCCCAGACAAACAGAAUGAUUUCAUGCAGUCUAUACUUCACACCAUGGAGAAAGAAGCAGAUGAUGAUUCUACUGACCCCUUCUGGCCAGCACUGCACUGUUUCAUGGUUAUUUUGGAUCAACUUGGAUCUAAAGUAUGGGGUCAGCUUAUUGAUCCUGUCCAAGCCUUUCAAACCAUUAUCAACAGUGUGAGCUACAACAGUGAAAUAAAAAAUAUACGCAAUAGCUUUAAGAGGACCAAAUCUGAACCAGAGUCAGACUACGAUGAUGAAAUGGUUACUUGCAGUCAGAUUGUAUAUGAUUACAAUACAGAAAAGCCCCAAAAGGAUACUGGAUGGAAAACUGCCAUUUGUCCAGACUAUUGCCCCAACAUGUAUGAAGAUAUGCAAACACUGGCUAACGUGCUUCAGUCUGAUAUUGGCAGAGAUAUGCGUGUCCAUCACAGCACUUUUCUGUGGUUCAUCCCUUUUGUUCAGUCACUUAUGGACCUCAAGGACUUGGGUGUGGCAUAUAUAGUAGAGGUCAUUCACUACCUCUGCUCAGAAAUCAGGGAUAUUCUUAAUGAAAGAAUCCAGCAGUGUGACAAAGUCUCUGAAUUUUUUGUCCUGAUCUUGGUGUCGAUUAUUGAACUACACAGAAAUAAAAAAUGCCUGCAUUUGCUAUGGGUUAGCUCACAAGAAUGGGUGGAAGCGGUGGUGAGGUGUGCUAAGCUCCCAGCCGUAGCAUUUACACGGUGCACCGAAAAAGCAUCUGGAAACUAUCAAAGAGGUUCAUCGGCACUGUCUUCACAGGCUUCUAACUCUGUGCAGCAUGCUUGCGUCCAGUUGAUACGCAGCCUUCUUAGAGAAGGUUAUCAAAUCGGGCAGCAUGCUCUUUGCAAGCAAUACCUAGACAAAAUCAAUCUCCUUCUACGUGGAAAUCUAUCCCUAGGUUGGCAGCUGAGCAUCCAGGAAACCCAGGAAUUACAGAUGUGUUUAAAGCAGGUUAUAAGAAGUAUAAAGGGCAGAGCAAUGAGUACCUCUGUGCCUGUGGAAAACAAUGCAAACUCUGCAGCUUUGCCCACCUUUCCUAUAAAGCAGGAGAAGAGGAUGCGUGAUGAUGGAUAUAAAAUGACUGCACAUGGCAGAGAUGACCUUUGUUUACCCCCUUCUUUUAUAUCGAAGGGAGUCAGAGAUGGAGGUUGUCAGGAGAACCUUUUCCCUAGAAGAAGUGAUGCCUGGGAAGAGGAAUGCAGAGGUGCCUUUAAAACUUCAAGACCUUUCACUGAAAGGCGUCCUGUGGAUGUGUAUGUUAAAAAGGAACCUAAUGACGAGACAGCUCGGGAAUAUGAAUACCCGCAAAACUCUUUGGCAGCAAAAAAGUAUGGGGAAGUUCAGAAAAACAGGGACAGUCCUCUUGUAUCAUGGAACUGUGAUAAGGAUAAUUGGUUCUUCAAUCCAAACUUUCAGGGUUCUGAUUUUAAAAGAAGUGGAGAGUUAGAUGAUAAAUGUGAAACAGAACCCCUAACACCAAAGCGUCUGGCUGCUCGGACUUGCAUUGGUUCUCCAGAACAUGUUCAAAGCGCAGAUGAGAAGGAAAGCAACAUGUCUCCUAAUUCCUCCUUAAAGUUUAAAAUAGACGCAGAUAGACUCACGAGUCUGAAACAGAAGGUACUGAAAACUGACUGGAUCUCAAAACUAUCGCAGCCAGUGAAGCCACCCAACUUGAAAAACAGUAGUGUGGCAAAAAGUGCUUCAGAAGCAGACCAACCUCAGCUGUGCGCUGACAGUCUGUGUACAAGCAAAGAUUGCUACAGACACCAAGGAGUGAAUCUUGUGUGUGAAAAUGAAAUCUCUGUUAAUUCUCAUGCUUCAAGGAGCUUUGAAAACAGGCAGGAAAAAAGCACGAACAAUACUUUUCAAUACAGAUUGGACUCCAUUAAACAGGAAUCAGAAGAGACGCUGCUGGAUUGCUCUCGUUCCUCUAAAAACAAACCUGAUUUGCAAGAAAAUGAAGAUGACCACCUUUUGCUUUCAGGGAUUAGCAACAAUAGGAAAAAAGGACCUAAUGAAGAAAGAUCAAGUUCGUUGUUGAAGUCCGUGUUUGACAAAGACCUUAACAUGCAAACUUCAGACCAGGAACAGCCUGAUUUAGGCAACUUACGUAAAGAUGACUGCAAAGGUCGGAUUCUGAGGACGUUCUGUACAGAUAAAACUUUAGCAAAUGGGCAUGUUCCAUCUAGCCCUGAAAAUAAGGGGCGUGUAUCCAACGCUGCUCUUCAGAUCAGUCCGCUCUCAGUGAAGUGUGAAUCAAGUGACAGACUGUUAGAAUUUUCAAAGAAUUUUAAGGAAGAAGACAGUUCAGUGGGGAAAAGGGGUGAGGAUUUUGUGACUGUGGCUUCUGGAGAUAACAAUUUAACGGACUCUGAGGUUGAUCGAGACCUCAGUAAGUUAUCUUUAGCUGCGUAUGCCAAAAGUGUCAAUUUUCCUGUUGAAUCAAGCCAAGAAACCUCAGUGCAUCAUAAUAUAUGUGACAUUAAAAGGAAAGUGAAAGGUGCUGUAAGAUCUUCCAGCAGUGUCCAGAAUAACAAGUCACCCUGUGAUGCAGAUUGCCUUGACAAUCAAGUCAUUAUCAUUUCAGACUCCUCUGAUGAAGAAAAAAACGUGACUGUUGAGGAAAAAACAGAAAAAACAAAUGAAAAUGAGCCUCCAGAAAAACAGCCUUUAACAUCCGGCAGCAUUUCUGAUAGCGAGAGCAAAAAAGAAUUGAAGACGCCUAGCUCUCCCUUGUUGCACGAAGAAUGUGAGUCUCAGUACUUUGAGUUUGAAACAGAAGAUGAAGUCUUUUCAGUUUGGCAAGAUACUCAGAUGUACAGUAUGGAAAAAACUCAAGAAUACAAACAAGACCGUCUUUCAACAUCAGUUGGUAGCAGUGACUCAGAUAGCGUACUGAAGGAUUACACAAAUGAUUGGGGUUAUGAUACAGAUUACAUAAGCGAUGACACCAUUGAAAAAGAAGCAAAUGUGAUGGAAAAGCAGAUAGAUAGUCUCUCUCAUCAGACAGAAGCUGGUAAUGCAGAAGAAGUAUCUAGUUCAGCCUUACAGGAGUCUGUUAGUAAGGGAAACGCAAAAGAUCAACUAGAGAAUUCUUCAGACAAAAGUGCUGUUGUUAAAGACUUUAUCCCGAACACCGAAUUGCCUGAACCCAGAGCAUCUGUGUCUAACAUAUCGUUAGCUUCAAAGUUGGCCCUUAAGAAAAACAGCAUGAGCCCGGGGAAGAAUUUAGCAAAGUCUAAGGUGGCAAGAACUGCUCAAAGAAGUCCCAAAAGAGCUCCUCUUAAAACAGCACAGAGUAAAAAACUAUCUCAAAGGACCUCAAAAAACUCUCAACCUGGCAGGUCAACACCUGCUGUGGUUCCUCCAAAGAAAGCUCGGCAGUGUCCUACACCAGCAUCAACUGCAGAAAAGCUUGGCCUGAAGAAGGCACCCCGCAAAGCACUUGAGUUAUCUCAGCGCUCUUUAGAGAGUCUGGCUCAAUUGCGUAGCUAUGGUAAAGCUGCUGGGAAAGUUGGAAUUGCCCAGAAACGGAAGGUUAAAUUAAUUACUCCUCAGACUUUGUCAAUUAAAAAUAAUAAAAAAAUGCUAGCCUGCCAAGAUCUUCAGUUUUUAAGGCAGACGAGGCCCAAACAAAGUGUCAGAGGGAAAAAUCUCGCAGGAAGUUCUUCCGAGGGUAGAAGCAAAAAGGUUAGCAAAGUGGAUGCGAAAUCUGUGAAACAAAAGCUUGAAAGUUUUGGCUUGACAUCUGUUGAAGGAGCCAUUGAAACCCAAGGGGGAAGAAAAGUGGAGCAGACCUUUUGUCCCUCAGCCAAUGAGAGAAAACAAAUCAGAGAUGCCUCCGUGGAGAAGGAGGAUGUCUCCAUGCAAACAACAAACGCCUCUAAAAUACCUGUUUUUUCAGACUUGAACAUAAAAACAAAAGACGACAAUACGAUGGUUCCUCCUGUACCUAUGGAUUUAGAUCUCUUUUCCCCUGGAGCUGCUGAAGAUGAUAAAGAUAAACCUUCAGAAGGAGGUUGUGUUGUCCAGUCUAAGUUUGAGAAGACAGCUUUGAAAGAAAAUGGGUGUAAAUCAAAUGAAAACAGUGAUGAUGAUGAUGAUUUAUUUUUAACUCAGUUAGAUCCUGUGGAUAUGGAAUUAUGUUCCCAAGAGGAAAACGAUGGAGACGUUACUAUAACUAGUAAACCAGUGGAAAUAGAAAUAGGUGCUGCUGAAAGCCCUCAGCAGAACAAACCCUUGAGUGUUGGGAAAUGUAAGUACAAAGACUGUAUGGAAAAAGUGGAAAAAAUAGGUGAGUACUGUAGAAAGCAUUCAAGUACCAAUUUGGAAACAGAUCACUUGUUUGCCAAACCUUUGCUGCCACCUUCUAAGACAAAAAAGCCUUUCACUACCAAAAUUUUCAGCUCAGCAAGUUCUUCGCGGAAUGCAGCCUUCACCAAGGAUCUUGAAGAUGUUAAAAAACUACCACCAUCUUCAAAAAACAAAGUGAACGUAACGAAACCCGUGGUAUGCAGACCACCAAAUGCAAAGACUAUACCAGCAGGAAAUCAAAUACGCAAGUCCCCAAGUUUCAGUAAUGUUCCUCAGCCUUCUGUUUCCAGUAACGUUCUCCGGCCGCAAAACACACAGAUCGACAAUGCUUCAAAUAUUUCCGGAAGAUCUGUCCGAGAACAUCAUUCUUCCUUUCUUGGGGCUCAGCAGCGUGAUCAUAGUAUUUUUGUUAAAGAAGUCCUGAAGUGGACUUAUGAAAUGUUUGCAAACUCCAGCCAGUAUGGGCCUCCGGAUAAUCUCCUGCGUUCUGUAGUAGCCUCUGUUCCCAUCAAAUUUCAGGGAUACAAUGACUAUUUUAAUACGUUUUUCCCCUUGAUGAUGCUAAAUGCUUUUGAAACACUGGCACAAGACUGGUUAGAGAGCCAGAGAAUGAGAGAGAAGAGUUACUACUUCCACUUGCAGAACUUCUGUGCUGACUUGAAUAGAGCAGAUUUUAUAGCUCAUAUUCGAGAAAGCGAUUUGGCAAGGCAACUUCAUCCAAAGGAGGAUGAUUUAAUCUUUCUGGUGGUCCAAGAGAGAAAAAACACCUUUGGGGAAGAAAGUGAGAUGGUGAACCAUCUAGUGAAGCACGUGGGUCUUGUGACACGAUUUUCGCGUGCACCUGGCGGUUAAGCUAGACAAAAUGAGCAGCAUCCUGUCUGCCAUCUUUCUGUGCAAACUCAAGGCAAUUUGUCACUCUUCAUAAAUAAGCAAGUGAAAUGUGUGGUGGUCGGCUCCCUAGUGACUACGCAGCGAACGUUUAAAGGUCUGCUACUACUGAGCAGGAGUCCCCUGGCGAAACCCAUCAUAAACCCAAGUUACAAUGACUUCUGUCCCAGAGAUUUGCACGUAGCUUCAGAAAGUGAUGCUUAUAUGAAAGACUACAAUGAAGAUCAAAAGAGAGCCAUCGAGACUGCUUACGCCAUUGUAAAACAACAUCCAGGACUUCCCAAGAUCUGUCUUAUACAUGGACCCCCUGGAACAGGGAAAUCAAAAACUAUUGUUGGACUUUUGUCUCGUGUUUUGAGAGAGAACGCUAGGAAUGAGAAAAGAACUCAAAAACCAAAUUCCAAGAUCAAGCUAAACCGUUUUCUAGUUUGUGCACCAUCCAAUGCUGCUGUUGAUGAACUCAUGAAAAAGAUCAUCGUUGAAUUUAAGGAAAAAUGCCAAAACAGACAGGAUCCUUUGGGGAACUGUGGUGAUAUCAGUUUAGUGCGACUGGGUGCAGAAAAAUCUAUCAGCAGUGAAGUACGUGGAUUUAGCCUGGAUAAGCAAGUUGAACAUCGAAUGAAACGAAAACUACCUGACCGUGACCAGGAUAUUCAGAAGAAAAAAGAAGCUCUAGAUCAAAAGCUGGACAUGCUGUCUCGUCAACGUGCCAUGCAUAGAUGUGAGAAGAGGGCGAUAAAUCAAAUGUUAGAUGACGAAAUUGGCAGACUUUCAAAGGAGAGACAGCAGCUUGCUUCCCAGCUGAAGGAGGUUCGGGGGUACUCCCAGAGAAUACAGGCAGAAAUCAUCUUGGAGUCUGACAUCAUCUGCUGCACACUGAGCACAAGUGGAGGGACUCUGCUGGAAUCCGCUUUUUGGCGGCAGGGACUCGAUCCAUUCAGCUGCGUCAUUGUGGAUGAGGCAGGGCAGUCCUGUGAGGUUGAAACACUCAUUCCGCUGAUUCAUCGCUGUAAUAAACUUGUCCUUGUUGGAGAUCCCAGACAGCUCCCUCCUACUGUAAAAUCACAGAAAGCUCAGGACUAUGGCUACGAUCAGUCCUUGAUGGCACGCCUGCACAGACACCUGGAAGCACAGGUGCAGCAGAAUGUUUUAAGAAAUCUGCCAGUUGUGCAGCUGACUGUGCAGUACAGGAUGCACCCUGACAUCUGCCUCUUCCCAUCCAAUUACGUUUAUGGCAGGACUCUGAAGACUGACAAAGCAACUGAAGAGAACAGAUGUUCUUCAGAAUGGCCAUUCCAGCCUUACCUCAUCUUUGAUGUAGGAGAUGGUCAUGAGGAGAGAGACAAUGACUCUUUUCAUAAUCCCCAGGAAGUUAAGCUGGUGAUGGAAUUAAUUAAAACAAUUAAAGGAAAAAGGAAAGAUCUUGGUCUUCGUCACAUUGGAGUAAUUACCCCUUACAGUGCACAGAAAAAGAAAAUUCAAGAAGAACUAGACAGAGUGUUUAAGAACAACAGCUCAGGGGAGGUGGACACGGUGGAUGCGUUCCAGGGGCGAGAGAAAGACUGCAUCAUAGUGACGUGCGUCCGAGCGAACAGCACUAAAGGGUCAAUUGGGUUUCUGGCAAGUCUUCAGCGUCUGAACGUUACAAUUACCCGGGCCAGAUUCAGCCUCUUCAUUCUCGGAAGACUAAAAACACUCAUGGAAAAUAAAGACUGGAAUGAGUUGAUUCAGGAUGCUCAAAGAAGAGGUGCUAUUAUCAAGACAUCAGACAAAAGCUACAAGCAGGAUGCUGCUAAGAUUCUGAAGCUCAAGCCAACAGUACAGAAACCCCCCUGCCAGCCCCCCGCCAAGGCAGGGGCAAAUAAAGCUCCUCCAGUGCAGGCUCAUUCCUCUAGUAGCAGGAGAGGUGAGCUCACCAAUCUGAGGGAGGCCAGCAAUACACGGGAACUCUCUGCUGGUGCUGGCCCUGGCCCUGCAGCACCACAAGGAAGCAGAGGUCUCCAGCAACCACAGAGGACUCAGGCUGCAGACUCCAGGAGAGCCCCUGAUUCCACACCAGUGGAGGCUGCAGCACAGCCUGGUGAUCGAGAGAAACCACGGGACCCAAGGCUGGCUAAUAGAACAGAGACAAAAGGGAAGGAGCAGGCCUCAAAAGACAGCAACCGGUCAGCCCAGAGCAAUCUGGGAGCAACAUCACAGCAGGGCCCGGAAGUAUCCUCAGCUAUCAGGGAUCAGAUUUCCAAAACGGAAACCUCUAAGAAGCCCCAACCUAAGAAGCCCCAACAAAGGACGGGACGAUCUGAUGUGCCUUCCACGUCAUCUUAUGCAGCUCAGCGAGAGAGUGACCGGAGAGCUGCUUUAUCAAAAAAUGAUUCAAAAGCCAUUAGUGGAGGAGGUCAAAGUAGUAGCAGUAAGUGGAGCAAAUACAAAGACUAUCGUUUUGUAGCCAGGAGAGCACCAGAUGAAUCACCAGAGAGCAAAGACUCAAACAGCGCCAAGCGAAGAAAGACCUUUCACUGACUGCAAUAUCUUCAGUAUUGGCUCAUUACUCAAAAUCCGUCCCCAGAUUUCUGUCUAGCAAAGACUUUAUUUUAAAAUAUUUCAUACACCUGGAACUCCCUUAUUUUGAUACUUUCAGAAUCAGUAGAUUGAUCUCUUUCCCAUCCUGUCACUAACUGCAAAAAGACUUUAUACCUGAUGAUUGAUAGCUUUGAGCUUUUGGACAGAAAAGUUAGGUAGCUACGUUGCUUGGAAAGGCAGUAAAUUUUGUCAUCUAGGAAGUCAAGAUUGUAAAUGUUUACUGAUGUAUAUUUGUACAGUACAAAAUUAUUUUAAGAUUUAAUUUGGCAAGUAUAUAGCUUCUUGUUUCCUUGUGCAAAUGCUAAUUUCAUAGUGAUGCAAUUUUUUUAUGAAGAACCCAAGCAAAGCAAACAAAAAAAAAAAUCCAGCCAGACUUCUUUUUCCCUUUGUCCUAGUAAAUCUAAUUUAUUUGAUAGCAAACAACGAAUUUUGAAAAGGUGGUAGUAGUAGAGAUUCUUCCUUGUGUUCUCUUUGUGCCUCAAGGAAGACUGAGGGCAGAUGAACAUAGGUUGAAUGGAGAAAAUUCUGCUUAUUUUGUAUAUUUUAUUGCCUGUUUUUUAUAGGAACAAAAGAGCUUAUGUUUAUACAAAUGUGCCUUGAGUUUUGUUCUUGCUGCUGCUUCAUCAGCUGGAAUCCUUUGUCUUGUUGCAGUGGUGGUACAAACUGUGGAUUAAAGCCUGUGAGGUGUGUUUGGGCCUGAUGAGUCCAUGUGAUGAGUAAUCAGCAGGACUGUGGAAUCUCAGUCAAAGAUCUAGUUAAUGCUUAAUGAUAAUGACACUUGAAUUCCUUUGUAUAGAGCUCUUAGAGAUCUACAGAGAUAAAAAGGGCAAGCAGUUAGUUCUCGGUGUUAUUACUGGAUUCUGUUCACUGUUGAUGUAGAACACAUGACCAGUGAAGGAGCAGGAAGGGAAACUGUUGUAACUAUUUUUAAGAAAGCCAUAGUAUUGGCUUUAAGAAAGCCAUAACAUCUCACUGUAACACUUCCAUAAUCAAAAUGGAUUUAUUUAUAGUAAAAAUGCCUUUAGGUGACUGAAGCAGUGCUUUUCCUUUCCAGAGUACAACACAUCUGUCUCAAGCCAGUGACUAGCAGCAUUUCCUGUGCACACUGUUUUGCAUGGAGAGAGUCUAGCAUGCUUCUGCUUGAGAAUUCAGCACCCUUCUAUAUUAAUGCAAGUUGGGUGUACUGUGUGCAGGCCAGACUGCUCUCUCCAUGCAUCUGUGUUAAAAUGCAGCCUGUUAUGACCCAGGCAGUAUCCUCUCAUCCCUUGCUGACUCUGACUUGAGAAGGGAUGUUAGUGGUAUGCCUUUUUAUGCUGUGGCCUAAUGCUUUUAAGGAACAGAAAGAAGCCAUCAAUCUUACUUUUGUGUGUGGACUCUGGUAAGUUUUGAGUGAAUUAUACACCCGAAAAUCAAGAACUGUCACACAAUUGGGGGUCAGGUUCUGGUAUGCUGACCUGCUCAAUAACUUAUGCUUAACCACUACAUGAGGGUGUCUUGGUUUCAUGACUGUGGAGGAGCUGCCAAACUUCUCUGGCCAGAAUUUAACUGUUAUCUUUAACUGUGUUUCUGUCCUGACACAUUCAUUGCAAUGAUUAGUGUUAGCUUUGUUCUUUUAACCAACUGACAAAUAGAUGUGUGUGAUACACGAUGUGCGUGAUACACUUCAGCAAAAUACAGAUGGCUUACUGUACAAAAAAAAAGGUAGCAGUUUAAACUAAUGGUAAUUGCCAGCAUAACUUACAAGUUUAAUGUAUCCAAGCACAGAACAGAUGUGUGUGUGUGGUUUUUUUUUUUUUUUUUUUUUCUCGUGACAACUGCGUAGUAGGUAAGUUGGAAGGCUUUUAUUAACUGGUUGUGCCUGUCCUGCUCACAGUGCUAUGGUAUGAAGAAUUUAAGAUAAUAGGAGAAAAUUCUGACCUUCGAGAUGCUCUUGAAGUGAAUUCAGUACAUGGUGAGGUGUUUAAGAAUUACACUUUGGGCCCGAAGCUUUAGUUUAUGUUGCAAUCUUAAUUGCUUCACUGAACCCUGACCCUCUCUUGUCAGCAGGAUAUGCACCUCAAAGACUGCUGUGACUGUUCCUUAUGUUAUGCACCUUGUGUGAGAAGGAAGGUGGUUUGAAUUAAUCUUAUUGUCAUGAAUUGGACGUUGCUGUCACUCCCAGGUCACAGAAUCCAUGCCUUAUGUGUUAUCUCCCCUCAUGUUAAUAGGAAUACUUACAAAUACUAUCUCAUGUAAAGCUCUUGGCUCUUCUGGUCACUGCUAUGUCAGCUUACCUGCUGUUUCUACUUAGCACAUUAAAAAGGCUGCUACUCUGCAGACUGCUGUAAGAUCCUCUAGCUACGGCGGAGGCCCUGUAGUCUAGAUUUAUAUAAAUAAAGUGAAGGCAGCAACAGUGUGAAUGAAGAAACGGUUUUCUGGCCGUUAAAUAGAACUUUGUCAAGGAAAUGUGUUUCAAAAACUUCCCUCCUCGUUUCCUUUCCGCUUAAUUUGCGUUUCAGAAUAUGCGUUUCUCUUGAAUUAAUUUACCGCGUGCUGGAAGGAAUUUUGUUUCAACGUUUCGUUUCCUUUGUAUUAUGUGCACAAAACAUAGGUCUUGUAAUUUUAUAAUUCCUGUAUUUUUUUGAUAAAAACAUCUUUUAUAAGGAAUGGUCAGUGGCUCAAGCUUUUUUUUCCUUUUUCUUUUUCUCCCCUCCCCCCGCCAGUUUAAUACUAGGUAUGUUUUUUCUGACUUAGCUGUCUUUCAGCAGUAGCUUAUUCCUAGCAUAUCAGUCUGUACUGUUACUGUUGUUCUCUUGAAUAAAAAUCUUUGGGUUGUUUGCACUUGGAACACUUCUCUCUCUUCACAUAUAACUCAGAGUAGGUUUGUAGUUUUAAUUCACUUUCCCCUUUAUACCUUGGUCAAGCAGGUAGGUAAACUGAACUCCAAAGCAUGUUUCUCAUUGAUUCAAGUGAGAUCUGCACUGGAGUACAAACAGAUACAGUACAAUGUUGAUAGCUUCUCCUCUGCUGUUUUCAUUUUGUGUUUAUAUAAUACCAUCCUGCGUGCUAACGGACAGUCAUAUUGGUAAGCUGUGAGUGUAGAUCUGCUUUAUUUAUUCCUACUUAUUGUCUCUGAACUAGUGAAAGUCGGGGAGUUGUUCAGUGAUUCUUUUUUGCUAAAUUCCGUGGGAGGCAAAAAAAUCAGUAAAUAGCACGGAACUUGAUGUAAAACAAUUUAAUUGUGUGCUAAAAAAGCUCUGGAAUAAGAAGCAUUCAGGUUUUCACACAAAGGCUUUCAUUUUUCCAGGCUUGGCAGCUUAAUUCUCAGUGCGAAAAUGGUUCCUUAUGGGGUACUACUAGUCACUUUAUGCCAUUAAGAUGGGAAAUUUUUUUUGUAAACAUUGGACUAUAAUUGUGUUCAGAGCUUGGGUUUUCUGUGUGUGGUUUUUGUUGUAUUUUUUUUCUUCUUCUCUGUUUAAGCCUUUUGGUGGUACACAGACUAGGUGGCUUUCUAGCAGAGGUGAAGUAUCGUUCUGUUCGUUCCUUUCUCCUUUAAGGUUUACCCUAAUUGAUUUCCAUAUCAUUACUCCAAACUAUGGACAUGUGAGAAUAAACCAGAGUUGUAUGUAUAAUGAUGACAUGCAGUUACUUGCCUGGUUAGAUUUUUUUCUUAUCUGUGUUUCACUGUACAUGCCCUAUGGUAUAGGGUGCUGGUUUAAAUAAUGGUAACUUGAUCAGUCUGCUGAGCAGCCAGAAGAAAAGGAGCAGUUUGCAGUAGCAAAAACCCACUUUGGGAAGCAUAGUAGGGAGGGCUUUUUGUGUCUUUAGGUGGUGGUAGCAGUUGCAAAUUGCCCAAGUAAUGCUGAGAGAUGAUGUCUUUUUGUGUUGUGAACAGUAGUUGAGAGCUGUGAAAUGCUGCUGAGAGGAGGUCUAAGCACACCUGAGAACACCAGCAUCUCCCCCCAGUCUCUUGCUACCCUCUCCGUUGCAGUGCUGGUAGUGUCGGGGAGGGGAUGCCUUUCUUCCAUACUGCCGUGUAGAUAAGCUGAGGGCAGUGACUAGGUAGCAGCUGGGUCCAGUGGAAGGAGGCACAGGAGCUGGAGAUCGAGUUGGGCAUGUGUGGGCUGUGUGCAGGUUGGCUUAGUCUCCUCCCCUUGCUAGUCCGUAAAAUAGAAAUAACCUCCAACCUUUCUAUACUGAUCCUACAGAAGUACUGAGCGGUGUGUCUUUCCAGAGCAAGAAAGACGUAGUGACAGAACGUGUACUGAUUAAGGGAAAACAAUGUUUUUAGGCCCAGGUGGGAUCCAAAAAGCAACAUGGAAAAAGUGAUUUCAGAGUUGGGACUUUUUUGCAGUUACUGAAGUGUGGUGACAUGCUGCAGUUCCUUUUGAACAUACAAGAGGAGAGACUGAAGUGGCCAACAGCUGAAGGUGGGUUGUUCAUUCACAGGCUAUUGACUGUAGCAAUACUAAGGAUAAGCAGAACCAUGGACCUAAAAAUGUAAGAUGUUUUCUCUCGUCUGCAUGAAUAAAUGAUGAAUGAAAUGACUGCUGUAUUGUAAAUGGAAUUUAUAAUGUUAACAAUAUAAUACAAUCUCUUGCCACAAUGGGUCCAUUUCCAAGUCAUGUAUAAGGUCUCCUUGUCUCUUUAAAAUGUUUGGAAAGGAGCCCAAUGUGUUGUUAUUCAGUACAAAUAAGUGUAAGCUAGCAGUCUUGCACACUGAAUAUUGCUGAUAUAUGACACCUCCUAGGCAUAUGUAGCUGUCUGCUAAGGCCUCGACUAAUUUUCCAUUAACUCCCAGGCAAAUAGUGAGUGAUGGAAAUGAAGGUAUUUUGAGUGCAUGUUACAUUUGGUACUGUGAAAAUGUAAACAAACAAACAAAAAAACCCCCCUUGUUUUAUAGCCUGACAGGCUACGCUAAUGUGACUGUCCAAUUUUCCAGAUUUCACUGUUGUAUCAAGUAAGAGCUCCUUUCUUUAGUGCUAAGAAAUCAAUGUCCUUUCUUAUUUUAAUCGCCGAAAUACUGUGGAGAGGAGUAGGGAUGGAGGUGAUGCAACCUAGUGUUGUUGCUACCCAGGAGAGAACACAGCUAAGUGGCCAAACCAGGUGUUUCUUCCCAUGUUUCACCCUGCAGUGGCACUUCUUAACGAUACCUAGGCAAUCCAAAUGAUAGAGAGGCCUUUAGGACAGUUUGGAAGCUCUCCUGGAGUGUGCCAUUUUCACAUGGUUUCUGCGCAAUAGUGGCCAAACACUCCAAAUCCCUGCCAGAAGGACUCCAAGAAGAUGGUGAUAUAAAUGAGUGGAGUUGGGUUCUGCAAAUAUUUCUGGCAGUAACACUCUGCUCCUCUUCUUUGUUACUUAUAUUUGGGACUUUUCAUGGAUGUCAGUUACAGUACAGAACUGGUUGGCGGGACCAUUUAUUACAAUGCCAAUCGUGUGUCUGCACAGGGCUCUUCAAGAAUCACUCCUGCAGAUGAGAUGUCUGCUUUCCGAAUCCUUAAAAAACAAAGAACGUACCCAGGUUGUGCCAACGGCCUGUGAUAUUUUUUCCUCCUCCUUUUGUCUCAGCUCACAAGGGCUGCAGGCUUAACGUUUCAUCUGAUGAGUGAGCAAAUACGCAUAAAGCCAGACUACUGUUGACUUCUCUGCAGCUGGGACUGUGGACUCGCCCUGGCCGCAGCAGGCAGGAGACUGUGGACUUUUGAGUACAUAGAUCUGACAGAACUCUAAAUAGUUAACAUCGGAGUCAAAUUGGAAGUAAAUAAGAAAAAUCAAAAGCUCUACCUGUAUUGUUUGAAGAGGUUGCUGGGUUUUGUGGAGAGAAGUAUAAUUUAAAAACUUCUUCAAAUGAGUCAAAUGCUGGCUGUGUGCAGGCGGGGGGAUAGGCAUGAAAACCUCUUGAAAGAACACAAGUGGCUUUUCUCGGAAAGACAAGUACCUUUCGGUUAACUUUUCCUCGAAUAAAGCAUCAAGCUCAUUGGGUACCGCCUCCCAUUUAAAAGCAUUAGCUGAUGCACAAAUGUCUUCAGCUUAAAGAAGAUGAACUUUUGGAUCUGCAGGCACUUCUGGGAGGGUUUCUUUCUGCAUUUUUUCAGUAAUGCUGUAGGCUCUUUGUGUAGAUGCCUGUGUGCUAAACAGAUGUCUGCAGUUAAUGGGCCUUCAGCACUGAAGUUUUCAGUAGCUUUCAAUUUUUUUCUUAAAUACCAAAUUUAAGGUUUCUGUGGCAUUUGUCUGUCUUGGGGUGGUUACUGUUGCUUGAUUGCAAAUUCUCCAGCACUAUUGGACUGGUGAAGUGGUAUCCCAAAUUGGAAGAAGCAGGGUUAGCUUUGUAUCGGAGCUUGAAGGUGAGAUCUACUGCCAGAGCUGUAAAGGACUUUAACUAGAGGAGUCUUUAAAAUUCACUCUUUUGACUUUGCUCUUGCUCAUUGUCAAUAGGCCAUUUAAUUUCUUCUGGGAGAUGAAGCAUGUUGUGUUUGCCCUUUGCAAUUACAAUUUUACAGAGGUGUUUGCUUUUGCACAGCUAGU